CGGUGCUUCACACGAACAAAGUAGUACAAAUAAUCACCAGACCAGGUAAGUGUGCUCGUUGACUUCUUCCUCACAACGUCCACUCUCUCCUCCCCUUCGCGAAGAGGCUGCACUGGGCUCGAGCUGCCCAUGCUCUGCGCAAGAAAGUGAAACGGAAAGAGUUAAACCCGGGCCGUGCACGUGUGAAUCAGUUUACGGCUUGAUCCCCACCCUCAUCUCGAGCGCACGCUGCACACCGAACGCCGUCCAGCGCUGGCGACGUCCCCUACCCCAGCUCAGCGAUGAGCAAACAGUCCAUGAACACCCUAGCCAAAUGGUCCGCGCGCUUCUCCAUCGAGCGCCUCUUCUCCCCGAAGCAGAGGCACGUCGGCCCGCGCACGGUGUUCGUGCACGAAGAGCUCCCCAAGGACUACUAUGACCAUCGCGAACACGUCCUCAAGGACCACGUCUACCACCCGAACCAGAUCAUCUCCAGCAAGUACACCCUCUUCACAUUCCUACCGCGCAACCUAUUGGAGCAGUUUAGGCGAAUCGCGAACAUCUUCUUCCUGGGUAUCGCUAUCAUCCAGUUCUUCCCCGAGUUCCACACCAUCUCUCCCGGUGUCGCGAUCCUGCCCCUCAUUAUCAUCAUCGUUGUGACCGGAAUCAAGGAUGGCUACGAGGACUACAAGCGCCAUGUCUCGGACAGGAACGUAAACCAGAGCAAGGUCGACGUGAUAGCCGGCGACGGGUGGCACAACCCGAACGCCAUGAAGGGGAAGCAGAAGACGUUCGUCCGCCGCCUCAUUCCCAAGCAGUUGCCCGGCGUGAAGCAUCGCGACAUGGAGGGCGGGAAAGUGGUUCCAGACUCGCACGCGCCGCAUUGGAAGACAGAGCUGUGGGAAGACCUGCGCGUUGGCGACUUCGUCAAGAUCACCGACGGCGAAGCCAUACCAGCUGACAUUCUCAUAUGCUCGACCUCCGAGGACGCGAACGUCGCGUUUGUCGAGACCAAGAACCUGGACGGCGAGACGAACCUGAAGUCGCGUAGCGCGGUUCCCGCUCUGACGCACAUACGGACACCCGAGGACUGCGUGAACCCGGAGAACAAGUUUAGCAUCGACUGUGACCGGCCGGACAUGAACAUGUACAGAAUCAACGCGGCAGUCUCUGUGGCGGGUAUGAAGUCCUCGGUCGACCUUGUCAACGUUUUGCUUCGCGGGACUAUACUCAGGAACACCAAAUGGGUCGUUGGCGUUGUAAUGUUCACUGGUGUCGACACCAAGAUCGUGCUCAACGGAGGUUUGACCCCAAGUAAGCGGACCAAGAUUGAGCGCCAGAUGAACGGUCAAGUGCUCUGGAACCUUGCCCUGCUUGCCGUCAUGACCGUGGUCUGCGGUAUAGUCGACUCAGUGCUGGAACAGAAGUACUACCCUCUUGGUGCGCCGUGGCUAUACGGUGAUAACCAGGACGACGAUAACCCAAGCAUCAACGGUCUGAUUACCUGGGCGUUCUCCCUCCUGACCUUCCAAAUCAUCAUCCCCAUCUCCUUAUACAUCUCGCUCGAAGUCGUGCGGACCCUCCAGGCCGCAUCCAUCUACUUUGACGAUGAUCUCAAGUACCAGAAGACCGGUCAGCGCACCGUCGCGCGCAGCUGGAACUUGGCGGAUGAUCUCGGUCAGAUUGAGUACAUCUUCUCGGACAAGACGGGUACUCUCACGCAGAACGUCAUGGUCUUCCGACAAUGCUCCAUCGGUGGACGCUCGUACACGGGAGACGAAGAGGCUGAAGCGGAGGAGGUCAUCGUCGCGAAGCAGUCCUCGUCGUCGGAGGCGCUACCUAAGUUCAAGACGGCCAUCCCGCACUUCAAGGACGCUGCGCUGCAAGCCGACCUCGACGCGGCGUUGUCUGAGAAGUCUGACCCCGCGGACGCCGCUCAUGCGCGUUUGCUCAACGGUUUCCUAUCCUGCCUCGCCCUUUGCCACACCGUUCUCGCCUCGCAUGACACCGAAACCGACCAGAUCGAGUACAAGGCACAGUCUCCGGACGAGGCCGCGCUUGUGCAGGCCGCCGCUGACAUCGGGUACAUCUUCCUUGGGCAGGACAAGGAGGUGCUGACGCUGCAGACGCCGUCGUCGAUCGAGCGCUACGAGCUGCUGAACGUGCUCGAGUUCACGAGCGCGCGUAAGCGGAUGAGCGUCGUGCUGCGCAAGCUUGACGAUGAGGAUGGUCGGCUGUUCUUGUUCACGAAGGGCGCCGAUAACGUCAUUUUCGAACGCCUCCGGGCAGGCUCUGACGACCUGAAGGCCGCGACGGAGGAGCACCUGUCGGAGUUUGCGCGCCACGGUCUGCGGACUUUGACUUUGGCGUACAAAGUCAUCCGAGAGGAGGACUACGUAGCUUGGAGCGACCGCUAUCAUGAGGCAUCGAUUGCUAUGGAGGAGCGCGAGGAGAAGAUCGAGGCCGUCUGCGAGGAGCUCGAGACUGACCUUCGCCUUCUUGGUGCUACGGCCGUCGAGGAUCGUCUUCAGGACGAGGUGCCGGAGACCAUCGCCGACCUCAAGCGCGGUGGUAUCAAGAUCUGGGUCGCCACUGGCGACAAGCUCGAGACUGCUAUUGCCAUCGGUCGUAGCACGAACCUCAUCGGCGAGGACUCGAACAUCAUCGUCGUUCGCGGUGGUAACCCGUCUGGACGUCCCGUUCGGCAGCAGAUGCAUGCAGCCAUCGAGACGUUCUUCCCCGAACAUGUCAAUCAGGAUGAGAUGCUCGAGCUGGAGAAGACUGGUGCACCACCAUCACCGGGAGGGAACCAGCUUCGCCGUGUCAACACUGGGGUAUCUUCCAUCGUUGGGCCCGAGAACGGUGACAGGCCAGGAGGCUUCGUCCUUGUCAUCGACGGUGCUGCGCUGCACGACGCCUUCGACGACGAUGAGAACCGCGCUACGCUUCUGCGCCUCGCCAUUCUUUGCGAGGGUGUCAUCUGCUGUCGUGUAUCCCCCAAGCAGAAGGCGCAGAUCGUCCACCUCGUCAAGGACGGCCUCCGCGUCAUGUGCCUCGCCAUCGGCGACGGUGCCAACGACGUCUCCAUGAUCCAGGCCGCCGACAUCGGUGUCGGUAUCUCUGGUGAAGAGGGCCGGCAGGCGGUGAACUCGUCCGACUACGCUAUCGCGCAGUUCCGCUUCCUCAAGAAGUUGCUGCUGGUUCACGGGCAUUGGUCGUAUGCGCGCAUCUCCAAGAUGAUCCUGACGUUCUUCUAUAAAAACAUCGUGCCUGUUGGGGUGCUUUGGUGGUUCCAGAUCUAUAGCGCAUGGAGUGGUUACUACGUCUUCGAUUACAUCUACGUGCUUUUCUAUAACUCUAUCUGGACCGUGCUCUCUUGCCCUGCUAUCGGUCUCUUCGAUCGUAUAGCUCAUGAUCGUGACCUGAUGGACCUUCCGGAGCUCUACAAGUACGGACGUCUCGGGACGUGGUUCGCCUACAAGAACUUCUUCAUCUACAUGAUCGACGGCGUCUACCAGUCCGUUAUCGUCUUCUUCUUCAUCUUGUACGCGUAUAGGACGGACUCGGCGAGAGGGGAUGGCUACGACACUGGCAUGUACGAGAUGUCCACGACAAUGAUCAUGGCGAUCGUUCUGAUUGCCAACUUGUACAUUGGCUUCGCUGCUCAUGCUUGGACGUGGUGGUUGCUCUUCGGCACGCAAGUCGGCACCCUCAUCGUCUGGGUUUACACGGCUAUCUACUCCUCGCUUGACCCCGCCAGCACAGGUGCCGUGAACCUCGCCGGCAACGACUACUACCUCUUCCAUUCGCCCAUUUUCUGGUUCUGCCUCGUCAUCACCUUCUGCCUGAGCUUCGCGCCUCGUUACCUAGCGCGGGCCUACAACACCGGCUUCGGCAAGUUGGACGAUCUCGACAUGGUCAACAUCAUACGCAAGCGCGACCCGCACCGCAGUCUCAAGAUGGGCCCGGCCUCUGACGAGCAGGACAGCACUGACAUCGAGAUGGCGCGCCUCAAGCGUCGACAGUCGCGGCCUAUGUCCGUGAUGUCCGGCGUGUCGUCCGUGUCGCGUGUCUCGAGACCUGCGACUGCCAUGGCAAGUCGCACCGACAUGUCCACGGGCAUCGUCAGCGUCGACCGUGGAUUCGACUUCGCAACGGAGGAACCAGGUCCGGCUAUGCGUCGGAUACAGACUAACCUCUCCGAGCGUCGGACAGCAAGUCGGUUAGCCUUGCACGAAAUCGACGAGCGACAUCCACACCACAAAGCCUCCCUCAAGAACGGUCUAUCCCACCUUGCGAGAGGGCUCACGAGGAAGAAGGGGUCUCAUUAG